GUGAACAGCAGGGAACGAUGGAGACGGCUCAGCUGCUCCUUCUGCUCUGUGUGUGGGCGCUCAGCAGCCUGUCCCUGCAAUCAGAGGUGACCGAGCACUGCCCAGAAAGGAUUCUGGGUAAAGAGGGGAGAAGAACAUGCCCUAAAAAGUGCCAGCAAGACGAUGAUUGUGGCAACAAGCGGCAGUGUUUAUGCGAUGGGUCGUGUGGACUCAGCUGCGUGGCACCGGGUCGGACGUGUCCGUGGCCUCUUCCCGACAGUGGGCACUUCAAUGUGACUCUCCUCUCUUCAUCUCCUUCUUUCUCUUCUCUUAUGGAGGUGCGCUGUCAUCCUGGUUACGCCAUGGCCGAUGGCCGGGAUAUUACACUUCGCCGGUGCCAAGGUGACCGACAAUGGAGUGGUGAUGAGCCUGUGUGUACAGGUAAAACUGCUGAAACAGAGCCUGAAUCUAAAUUGUCUUGCCCUUUGCCCGAUAAUGAGUUGCUGUUAAUUCAUGGCAGUGCUGCUGUAGGUUCCACCGUACAGUACCAGUGUACCCCCGGAUCUGUGCUAGUAGGAAACAGUGAAAAUGUUUGUCACAAGGACCAGACGUGGCGUUACCCGCACCCCAUCUGUCAACGGAUGUUUUGUCCACCGCCACAGGAAGUCAAUCACGGCCGCUUAGUGGCCGUACAAAAAACUGAAUAUAACUUGGGCGAUGCCAUCUAUUACCUUUGCAAAAAGUCUUUUCUAAUGGAUGGGCCUAAUGAAGUUACUUGUCAGUUAGAUGGCACGUGGAGCACAGCACCUUCCUGCCGAGCCCAUUGUUCAGUCCCUGUACAGCGUAGCAGAGUGAUAGUGGGCGGGGUUAAGAGCUGGCCCUAUGAACUGACCGACAGGAAGGUAACCCACGGCGAGAAUGUAACAUUCUUUUGCAAGCAUCCACAAAAGCAUUGCAGUUUCACAUCUACAGAGACCUGUUUUGAUGGACUGCUCCCUGCACCACGCUGCUAUGUUGAACCCAGCUGGGUGCAGUAUAAUUUCUACACUCAUCGAGUGGUAUCAGAGAUUAAUCCAUGUGAUCCUGCUGACCUGAAUACCAUGUCUGAGUGAAGCUCUUUUUCUGCCCUCCAUUUAAACUAGAUGCCACUUUGCCACAUAGGACUCAAGCUUCUUGUUAUCUGUUUCAUUGCUUCUAAGAUCUAGAUAUUUUACACAUUUUUUAUGCAGAGGAAUUUAAUUAUCUGAAGCACUUUUGGCAUACUGACCUUCAUAGAGGUGCAAAGGCCAGGAAAGUAAUCAGAAUGCUGUUUGGGGUUCAUUAAAUACAGUUUAUAGCAAAUCCACAGGGAGAUAACAGAACUUGUGGAACCAUUCAGAUCAUUUAAUAAAUGUGGAAUAUUUUUAGCAGAAAGACAAAAGAAAGAAAAAGAAAAAAAGGCAUACACUGGCAAAAAGAAGUCACGGUUUCAUAAGGGUCUGCAUCAAACAAAGAAAAUAACUAAGGAGAUUGGUAAAAGUAAUGGAAUUGGGUUAAAAACUGUCCAAAACAUUAUUAAAACCUGUAAUUACAGUAUAGUGCUGGAUUAUAAACUUUGUGAAAAAAAUGAAAAAAGAAAAACAUUUUGGCCAUGAUAGCAGCUCACUUAAAUGCUUGGUGAAGUUCACUCACUCACUCUCAUCUUCUAUACCGCUUUAUCCUGGACCUGGAGCCUAUGGGCAUGAGGCAGGGUACACCCUGGACAGGGUGCCAAUCCAUCGCAGGGCACACACACAUACACACACUCACACACCCAUUCACACACUACGUGCAAUUUGGGAACAUCAAUUAACCUUCAUGUCAUUGGAAAGUGGGAGGGAACCGGAGUACCUGGAGGAAACCCACCAAACACAGGGAGAACUUGCAAACUCCAUGCACACAGAGACAGGAAUCGAACCUGGCUGGGAAUCGAACCCGGACCCUGGAGGUGCAAGGUGACAGUGCUAAACACCUACACCACCGUGCCGGCUUGGUGAAGUUGAAUCAUAAAAAUCCAACCGUGUGAAUCACCGCCAUAUUUAACAGUCAAAUUAAAAGUGUUGUGUUGAUAACUCACAUGGACUAAACAGCUGUGUGACUAUAAGAAACCACUGGUUUAAGUUUAAGACUCGUUUUUAAAUUAAUAAGGAAAAAAGAAAAAGGAAGUGGCUAAAGUGAUGAACCGAUUAUGCUUUGUGGCCACUGUACAAGCCUCUGGAAGAAGUGUUAUCAUCUGGUGUUGCUUCACUUGGUCAGGUCUAGGCUCAGCAACGUUGUGCAGCACAAUAAAGUUCAACUUGCAACCUGACUGUACUAAAUUAGAAAUUGUAUAAGGGCUCUGGGAGCAAAAGGAAUAAUUUUUUAAACAUGACCUGGCAACCAUAUUGCACACUAUAAUCAAAGCCAAAGGUGGUUUAAUGUAAUAUUAGAGUGUGUGACAUUUUUUGGCCAGGUAGUGGAAAUCUACUGCUUUCAUAAUGAAAUUUGUAUUUAUGCGUUUUUUUUAAGGUCAUUCAAUCUACUCUGUAUUGCACAGACGAAGUUAUUUUAAACUAAAUGAUUGUACUGUAUGUUGUAUAUUAGCUGCUAUAUUCUUGUCAAUUAACAAUUGAUAAAAAAUAUGUCAAAUGAGUGCCUUUCAAAACCUGUACAAAUACACAGCUUAGCACAGCAAAAUGCACUUUUCAAUAAAAUAUUUUACUACAACACUGA